CAUUUCGAGAUCUUCGAUGAAGCGGAUGAAGUAGUUCGGAUCGGCCGGAUCGGCCAUGUGCUUGAGAUACCCUUGGAUAUAUUUUAUUAUAUUUCACUAUUCUCAAUAAUUAUCUCAACGUAUUCACAGUGAUGGGUAAGCAGAAAAGGCAGCGGCGAAAGCCUCACAAGGAAAAUCCCACUGGAUUACCGUCCGUUCAGGAGCUCGAGCUAAAGGAGGAACUUACGGAGGGAGACAGGGAAAAGAUCUUGCAGGAUGUUUAUGAUGAUGUGAGCAGCGAUAAGAUACAAUCGUGUAACCUCGAAGAAAAGUUAUCUGCCCUGCAAAUAUUGGCGUCAAUGUCUUGCGACUCUUCUAUGGCCACGCAAAUCGCCAAGGAUGGGAUAGCGAAAAUAAUUGGCCCACUAUUGAUGGAUCAUAAUGCCGCUAUACGAACCAACACUGCACAUACUUUGCGGGAAAUUGCUGAAAAUGGUAGAGAGCAAGCGUGCAAUGAUUUGAUUAAAGAUGAUAUUAUAACUCCACUCACCGCCGUACUCAGACAGUACUAUUCGGACUGGAAGCCAAAAAAGGCUGGGGAUGAAAAAGUGACUUUUGUCGAAGCAGUUAGCCUGCUGUGGACAUUAUGCGCGAAUAAUGAAAGCGCGAUCAAGCGAGCUAAUGAGGAAGAUUUGGCCGCACUCUUGUUAAAGUUUUUAGAUAUUGAUAUUUAUGGAACAGAGAUCGUCACGGUCGUUACACGCGCCAUGAUAUGCUUGUCGGACGAGAAUGUUGCUGCCAUUAAUACAAUUAAACAAAGCGAAUCAGUUUUGUUUAAUCUGCUAGAUUUUAAAGCCGAUGAUGCGAAGACUGCUUUCAAAAUAUUGGUCUUGAAAACUUGUGUAGCUGACGUACUGAUCAAUAUCAGUACGUACACGGACACGAACCGGACAGAUGUAUUUCGUAAAGUAUUAUUGGUACUGUCUGACGUACUUGCGAUCGAUCAUAGACAAAUACUGUCUUGCUUAACGUCUAUUUUACCACAUGAAUGCAAUGCUUCUUCGAGCGAUAAAAGGAAAAAGGUACAAGAAAAUAGAGAGAUGUUGGAAAUGCAGGAACAAGCUUUACAGAUUUUUGCAAAUUUAUGUUUUGAAUACCAAGACACGGCACGUGAUUCCGACACCGCGGACUCUGAACCAAUGGAGAUCGAGUCUGAAUGCUUGGGUGCGGACUCGACGACGGAAGAUUUGAAAAUGAUGUCAACGUUUCCAGUGGAACUAGUUGAAGUUAUGAACGCGUGUAACUUGGUUGAUAAAAUUUGGGACAAGACUAAAUUCGUAGUGAAAAAUAGCCAGGAAAUACUGGCUCAAACCGAAGAGGGACGAGCUACGUUGAAGCAAUUUUAUGACAUUCAGGGUGCAGCUUAUUUAUGUAUGAAUAAUUUAUUGCCCAACAUAGAAGUUGAUGCUUUCGGAGGCGUUGCCAUUUUACACAGGAAAUGGAUGGAAAUUAUAGAAGAGUUUGAAGACAUCACUAGAGAGGACGUAUUUAAACGUGUAGAACUUGCGGAAGCGGGUACUGCUGCCAUGAGAGCUAUUCUUCAACGUUUAGUCCAAGUACAAGUGACGGACGUUGAUUUAAAUCACUUACCUACUUCUUGUAACGCAAUCCAGGCGAUGUUAAAUGGCUUGGAUUCAUGUGUCAGUACGACGGUCCGCGUUAAUUUGAUAAGGAUACUCUGUCAUUUAGUACAGCUGUUGAAUAACAAAAAUCCGAAAAAUUACGAAAUGAUCAAGUUCGUUUCCACGUUUUUAUUGGACAGCUCUAAAACUGAAACUCGAGUAUGGGUUUUAGCAGAAUCUAUAGACGCAAUAAUGGAUAUAUUUACAGAGGAUGAGAUUGACCAUAUAGCGGUAGAUAUCAAAUUAGUCCCUAAAUUGCUGUCUAUAAUGCCACAUUUCAAAAACAAGAUGCGUGAGCAGAAGAAACAUUUACAAGAUGGCACGCUUGUAGUCGCGACUGUAAAUGCAAACCUAAUGAGGUUUAUAAAAUAUAAACAGAAGCGAUUAGGACGUGUUAAACAGAAAUGAACAUUGUUAAACACUUGUUUUUAUUCGAUUUCUUCGAAUUACAGAGAUCAUGAACGAAGUUAUUUUUACAAUAAAUGACUUGUAAAUUUUUGAAAAACAAAA